CCGCAGGCCGAAUCCAAACAAUUCUAUACUUUGCUCGUUCAUUUGUCUUGCUUGUUUCCCAAACACCGUUUCAACUCUACAUACAUUCAAAAUGCAUAACGCGCUGGCCGUCCUGUGCUCUGCACUUUUCUUCUUAUUUAGCACAUCAACGUCGGCUCUCUUCCUGCCGCAGUUCCGCCUUAGUCCAUCGAAGCCAACGAGCUCAGACGUCGCAAAUAAGUGCACGUUCAACCUGUGGCAUAAGCAACUCAUCACCACCGACGCGAAGACAAAUUAUGUCCAGCUCAAUGAGAUUAAAGACAACACCAAUGGCAUAGUCAUCGACAUAGCAGCCCUGCGACCGGCAACCGAGCGCAACAGCUACUCACGAAUCUGUGCUCAUCAAGUCUUCGCUGUAGAGGGCCUGUUGGACAACACGAACUUGACAAUCAGUGGCUACGAUGAUGUCGAUGAGGUGACUUUCGCGCACGACGGCGUCGCAUUCUCCAGCGAAGAGUCCCGGAAUUCCGAGAAUGCGUCAUGUAUUGCUGGUGCAUGGGACAAUGUGGUGUCUGGUGUCGGUUCGCGGUGCGCAUUCCCAUGCGACUCGAUCGACGAAGACGUAAUCAGUGAGCUACGCUGAGGCUACGAGUCGGUUUCGUUUUCGUUUCUGGCAGAAGUUAGCGCACGAUGUCUGGGCAUGACUAUAUACAUACUCAACGUACAACAUGCCAACCUGUCCAAGAAAGUCUAUCAAUGGCAGGAGC